UGUUAUUUAGACUCCGGUGACCGCAUCAGAGACAACCUUGUGAAAAAGGACGCGAUGAUUGAGCUGGGUCUGGUUGAGGGGAGCCUGAUCGACGAGCUGAUGGAGUUAACGGCUCAGAGCAUCAACAACCUUGAGAUCCAGGAACAUUUCAAUGUCAUCAAGGAGAUCGGUCGGGGAAAAUAUGGCAAAGUGCUGUUGGUCACGCAUCGCUUCAGGGGGACCCCCAUGGCCUUGAAAGUGAUGCCCAAAGCCUCGACUAAGCUGCAGGGCUUUCUGCGGGAGUACUGCAUCUCCUUACACCUGUCCCAGCACCCCUGCAUCGUGGGCCUCUUUGGCAUUGCCUUCCAGUCCCAAGAGCACUACUGCUUUGCCCAGGAGCUUGUCAUUGGAAGGGAUCUAUUUGCCGUCAUCCAGCCAAAAGUGGGUAUCCCAGAAUCCUCUGUGAAACGUUGUGUUGUCCAGAUCUCGAGUGCUUUGGAGUUCAUCCACAGCCACGGCUUCGUCCACCGGGAUGUGAAGCCUGAGAACAUCCUCCUGCUGGACAGUCAGUGCUGUCAGGUCAAGCUGGCAGACUUUGGUCUUGCUCAGAAGAGGGGCACCUUGAUACGGUUCGUCACAGGAACCUUGCCCUACAUGUCCCCAGAACUUUGCACCGUGGCUCUGCUGGACAACCAGAAAGAAGUGACGGCAGCUCCUCUGAGCGUUGAGCCGAGCCUCGACACCUGGGCCUUCGCCGUGGUCAUCUUCUGCAUCCUCACAGGCUACUUCCCCUGGGAGCACUGCUUGGACUCUGAUAGCUUCUACCAGGAGUUUGCGGACUGGUGCAGAACGAAGCAGAAACCUUACACUGACGAGGACGUUCCUCCUCUGUGGAAAAGGUUCACUCCAGAAGCUAUGGAGAUGUUCGGAAAGCUUCUGGCUCUAGAUGCACAAAAAAGGUGCACAGUGGGAGAGGUGGGUGCGUAUGUGGAGAAAGACUGGCUGAAGAAAGAACAGGAAAACCAGCUGCAGCACAGAAUUGGACAAGAAAAAAAUUAUGCUUCUGGAAAAUAGAAGUGAGGACUUGAAUGGACAGCCUGGGUUGUAAAUCAUCUGCAAGACAAUUGAGUACAGUUAGUGGCAACGGGAGCGUAUGGAUUC